CUGAACUGCAGCAACACAAGGAAAGAAACGCUGAACUUGAGGUGGAUGCUCGGCCCUUGUGGUGACGGUGUCUCCUGGUUCAUUAAUCAGGGUGGAAGGUCAGCCGGUCUCCAUCAGGUGUGACGUCAGAGAUUAUGGAGGACCUAGUGAGCAGGAUUUCGACUGGGAGAUGUCCAGGGAUGAAACUGGGCCAAAGAUUCGAAUCAUCUCCACCAAAAUCCAGUAUCCCGGACCCUUUGUUCAGCAGGCGUGUUGCAUCCGGUGACAUCUCGGUGGUGCAUCUCCAGGACAACGAGGAGGAGCAAAAGAUUGCCAAACUGAAGCUGACAGAUGCAGGUUUCUACAUCUGCCGAACGCCAAGUACCGACCCAAUCAUGAGCGGCAACUACGACGCUCAGGUCCAGCUCAGGGUUAUCCCCAACACCCUCAAGGUGUCCCCCCAGGCUCCGUCCCCGGUCGUCCAAGAGGGAGAUGACCUCAAGCUUUCCUGCAGCCUCAGUUGAGAACUGACCUUCCCUUCCCUGACUUACUUGUCUGUCUCCUGGUCGGUGAAAAAGAGCACCACCUCUGAGGAAAUUCUCAAGUUUGGUCCUCAGCUAGGCAUCGUCCCAGGUCCAACUUUAACCAGCCGCUACUCCGAUUGGGGCCUGCACUUGGUUUCCGGGAGAGAUGGUGUGUUUGAGGUGGUGAUUUCCAGAGUCAGCGCAUCUGAUCAAGGGACUUAUGAAUGCACUGGGACUGAAUGGACAUUUGAAAGUGGAGGGAAGUGGGUGAAGAUCGCGGAAAGCUCAAAAGAGAUGGGGACCGUUACUGUCACCUCUGCUUAAACAUCUGAUCUGUUGGAUGGGUUAUUAUUAACACUUAAUAUGCUAGAUUACUUUUGUAACUUUGGGGAUGGUGUGUUCUUUUGUUUUUGGUGAAGCUGGUUAUGUCGUGUUGCAUUUUUUUUCAUUUUAUGUCUUUGUGAACCCUUUGAGGGUUGAAAAGUGCUCUAUGGGUCUGAGGUCAUUUCCUAAUUGUUAUGUUUUACUUUGUGAACAUGAAAAUAAAACUCUCUAGUGUAGUGUCCAGGGAGGAAUAUGUUCUGAAUAAACUUUUCAAACUACU